GGCACCCCGGCGGCACAGUGCCAGUGUCCAUUCGCCCGACCAGGCUGCCCUUUACCCUACCUGGUGUGCUUUCGCGUAACAGGUGUUUUCUGCCGUUUUUCAUAUUGUGCCCUCUGUUUCCGCAUUUCCGAAGAAAAUUCAGUGAGGCAAGGAAGAUGAUGGACGGGAAAGCAAGAAGGUCAGCCAGGAACUCCUCUCGAGGCACGUCGAAAAACGCCCUCAGGGAGAGGUCGCGGGUGGAGAGUCUGCGACGGGCGUACCUGGAGCUUCAGGCGGCCAUACCCUCCGUGCCCGCCCACACCAAGCUGUCUAAGCUGGACGUGUUAGUUCUUGCCACGACCUACAUAUCCCACCUCUCGAAGCUGUUGCAAGACGACUGCACAACUACCACUCCCACUUCCAACUAUGACAACAACAACAACAACAGUACCAGCUACACUACGCUACGAGGCCUGGACACAGCUCCUGCCAACACACACUGUUCCAACAAUUUUACGGAAGGCCCAGCGAGCACACCUACGCUUGAUUGUGCCAACGUCAGUCGAGUCCAACAGAAGGGGCUUUUACAUCCAGUUAAGAAAUGGCCCAUGAGAGUCCGCCUUUACGCGGGGGUGGGCGCCUCUGACCCCCUCGCCCACGUGCCCGGAGCCGCCCCGCUGAACCACGCCCACUUCCAGGGCAAAGUGGACCAUCUGUACCCCCCUGCCAUGGCGCCCCACCCACAGCACGCCAGGGGAAUGCCACCCACGCCCCAGGGCCCCCACCAAGGGCUCCUCGUUCCCGAAGGAUGCCAAGGACGGCUCGUGGCGCCCUGGGAUGAGGGAGGAGCGACCUACGCCCAUCAUCCCCUAGGCGCCGCCCACCACCCCUCCCUCUACCCAGAGAGGAAGGACAGCUGGGGCGGCAGCGUGGCGGGGGUGACCUUUUGUGACCUCGCCUUCGGUGAUAUGACCUCGUGCCAGCCCUCAUGAAGCAUCACAAGGCCAGAGUGAUCGAGAAGUCGCGACACAACAUAUUUCGUUUCUUCAGAUUUGUUUUUUUCUUUUGAUUUCACCAAAGUUCGUCUUUUAAGCCUAUUAUUGGUCUAGGUAUUAAUAACAGUAGUUGGGAAUAAUAACAAUAAUAACAAUACCAUGAAACUAGGACAUCUAUUCAUGAUGUUCCAAUUCUGAGAAUUCAUUUAAUAUCCAGACUCGCAAACACACAUA